AAGAGGGUGAUAGAAAAACAAAUUAACAGCGCAAACACGAAACCCAUCAACCCCACCUGUAAUUAUUUAAUCUCUGCUGAGCCUCCUCUCCUUAUGCGCUUCUCUCCUUUUUUUGUUAAUCUCUCUUUUGAUCGUAAUUAGCGAAUAAAAAGAGAGUUUUUCUUCCUUUUCUUCCGAUCACAAGUGCAGAAAGAGAAACGAGAAGAAGAGGAGCAAGAAAUUUUCAUCAAGCUGAUUUGAAGCACCUGCCGCUCUGAGAAUCGCUAUGGAAGAGGUGAAGGGUAGUAUCUCCACCACUGCAGACAUUAUUGCCAUACAAAAAGAAUGGGAUGAAAUUUCCUGUCCAAUCUGUUUGGACCAUCCUCAUAAUGCUGUCCUCCUAAUCUGCAGGUCACAUGAAAAGGGCUGCAGAUCCUACAUUUGUGACACCAGUUAUAGGCAUUCAAACUGCUUAGAUCGGUUUGCAAAAUUAAGAACAAACCAUGGAAAUAACUCUGAUCCAUCCACAGAACAACAUAACCGGGCUAGGACCAAUCGAACCCUUGCAUCUGACUCCUUUCUCACAGAUCCAAUGGCAAGAAGAAACUCCAAUGGGAAUCAGAAUGACCAGGGCCAUCUUGAAAAUAAUACCAUGACAGUUUCCAGCAUUUCUGAAUCAAUGGCAGAAGGCAAUAGAAACCAGCAUGACAGAAACAUGCAGGAAUCCAACAUCUUGAUUUGUCCCCUUUGUCGAGAAACGGUAUCGGGUUGGAUGAUUGUUAACGAAAUACGUCAGUAUCUGAACCUUAAAUCGAGGAGUUGCUCUCGGGAAUUGUGCUCAUUUUCUGGCAAUUACAAGGAGCUGCGGCAACAUGCAAGAAGGGUUCACCCAGCAACAAGACCUACUGACAUAGAUCCAUCUAGACAGAGGGCGUGGCGUCGUUUUGAAGACCAGCGGGAGUAUGGUGAUAUCCUCAGUGCCAUCAGGUCAGCAAUGCCUGGUGCUGUUGUGCUUGGCGAUUAUGUUAUCGACAGUGGUGACGAUCUGCCACAGGAUGGUAGAUCAUGGUUGUCUACCUUUUUACUACUGCGUAUGAUUAAUGGCAGCUCAAUUGGGUUGCUUGAUGAGCCAAGAGGCUCUUCUAGGCCUUGGAGGAUGGACCGGCGAUCAUAUGGGCGCCAUACCAUUUGGGAUCAGAAUCUACUGGGUCUGCAUGAUGGUGGUGGUGGUGAUAAUGAUGAUGAUUUGAGUCCAAAUGAUGAUGUUAUGAUACCAAGGAGGCGCAGGAGGUUCACAAGAUUCAGGCAUAAUGAGGAGCAGCAAUGAUGAAUGCAUUUAGAUACUGGUCCAUGAAGUCUCAUGAUGAUUGCUCCGGAUCUGGAGGUUGUAGCCAACAUAUUCACAAAGAGAAGUUUCUCUCAGGCUUCGUUUGGGACGGUUUUUCUAUUGCUUCUUAAAGCAACUUUUUAGUAUAACAAAUUAAAUUUUUUAUACUAAAAAGCUGCUUUGAGAAGCAAUAAGAAAGCCAUCCCAAACGAAGUCUCAAUCCUGUGCGCCUAAAACCACCCUGACCCAUGGCCGAUCAAGAUUCUUGGUUGACCAGAGAAGCAUCCAUUGGAAGAUAUAGAAGCUUGUCAUUGUCAUAUCCUGUAUGUUUGUUUAUAACAUUUAACAUUCCAGUAGUUGUACCUUAUGAUUGUUUCAUGGAAUAGUUCAGUCCUCUGUUGCAUUCUUUACCAAAAUGUACAUAACAAUGUAUUUCUUUUAGAACACCACUUGACAUUCUAUUGCAUCACUUCACAUAACAAGUCUUAAAUGUUUAGUUUGAUUA